CAGGAUGUUUUGUCAUAAAUCGUCCGCCUGCGAUGACGUAAUAGACGUUCAAGGACGCGUUUUUUUAAACUUUCAAAAUGGCCUCCGGUUAACUUCUUAGUAGAAACGGGCGCGAACGGGGUGAUGGAGGAGAGAAACGAAGCGAUUAACAUGAAGCAGACGAGUAUGGUCGAAUGUGGCGAUCAACCGGAUAGAACACUCAUCGAACGGGAGGAACGUCCUCGUUCUUCUCGGCCUGCCAUGGAUGUUAAUUUAUAUGCCGCCAAAAAGACAGUUGCUCAAGGGAUGAUGGACAUAGCCCUUCUUACUGCCAAUGCAUCUCAAUUGAAAUAUGUUUUGCGUGAAGGGGAGAAUGACAAGUACUAUCUACUAAACGUCACUUGCCUCAGCGUGUCUAUCUCGUUACAGGUAUUUAUAGAAAUAUAUGUCUAUACUUAUACACACAGAAUACAUAUUAAUAAUAUACUCACUUAAGUUAGACAGUUUUAUAUACA